GAGGAGAAGGAAACUGAAACUCGCCCCAGCACAAACGUGGAGCCCCACGCCCAUCCUUCCUUGGCCCCCACCCCCGUGGCCCAGAGAAGCCAGCCAGGGCGAGCCUUUGUCCCGCCGCACAGGGAACAUGCCUCCAGAUGGGUGAGGGCCUCUGGACUCCGUGCCAUGAAUCGCUUUCGUUCGCCGGGGACAUGCUGGUGCGGAAACCGUGAGGCAAACGUAUUUGCUGACCGGCGCGCUGCAGGAGCUGCCUCGGCCAGGAAGCCUCGCCGUGGCCGCCGGGGCCGUGAUGCCGUGACCCACAGAGAUGGUCGUGGUAAGUCCACACCUCCAGCAUGGGCCCGGGGUGGAUGCUGAGCUCCAGGGAACCCAGAGCUUCUCUCCCAGCACCUGCCACCCAGACAGGACUUCCCUCAAUGGCCUGCGGCAGCAGCACCCUCUGGGCAAGCGUAUCUGGAAUGGAGCCGCUGCGGCAGGUUCUGCAAAAGGCGAAAGCAGUUGCGCUGUACUGUUCGGGGCCCCUGGGGGCACUGAAGCAUUUUGUCACCACAGGCUGGACAGAUGCGGAGACCGAGUGCAGCCAGGAGGCUCCAGGUGGAGCCCCCUUUGCGGGUCUCAUCAAUCAAGGCCUCACCUGCUACCUCAACGCUCUCCUGCAGUGUCUCUUUCUGACGCCUGAAUUCCGAGACAGGAUCCAAGAGAAGCCUUGGACCUCCGAGCCCGAGCAGGCUCUUGGCCAGAUCUUCAGGGGGCUGCAGAGGCGGUGUGGACCUGUGCCAACGAGUGCCCUCACCACCUGCCUGGGUCUGCACAGCUCCGUCCAGCAGGACGCAGCUGAGGUGUUUCUGCUUCUGCUGCAGCACCUGGGCCGGGAUGAAUUGCAGGAGGUGUUCCAGAGUGAGGUGGAGAAAAUCAUCCAGUGCUUGGUGUGCGGCCACAAGGAGCACAUCCCAUCGGGAGGCAGGAUGCUGAUCCUGCCCCUGGCUUCCCACACCCAGCUCUGUGGCUUGGAGGGGGCUGGGCAGAAACCUGGCAAGCCAGCCAAUCCGUCUAGUGGAGUUUCCCAGGACACAGAGGUGCUGAGUUUCUCUCUAAUCCAGAAUUUUGAGGAUGAAGACAAUCGGUUCUUCUGUGAGCCCUGUAAUGCCAAGACCCCCGCCUCUGAGGAGACACGCUUCCUGCGGCUCCCGAAGGUCCUGAUUCUGCAAGUCAGGGAGCUAACAUUUGAAAACGGGAGGUUUCACAAAAUUCAGAAGUCUAUCAACAUUGCCCAGGUGCUGAAACUGCACACCAGCCCCAGAGGACUGACAUUGCCUAAGUGUAAAGCUUCCCACAGUGGCACACUCACCCCCAACCUGGAGCAGAGAGUCUACCACCUCUACGCCAUGUGCUGCCACUCGGGAGACUGCAGUGGGGGCCACUACACAGCACUGGCCCAGCCCCCCGGCAGGGCAGAGUGGUUCCGCUUCAAUGACCAGCAGGUGCACUGUGUGGGGCCGGAAUUCCCUCUGCACCACACGUUCAGGUCUGAGACCCCGUACCUACUGCUGUAUCGCUGUCAGGACACUGAAGACAGGCAGGAGCCAGAGGCACCCGGGCCUGACAAUGGGGAUAUGAGAACCAUGACAGAUGUAGCUGUUCCAAAGGAGAAGGUGCCUUGUCCAGGAGUGGAGGGAGAGACCCUCAAGACAGACUCUGCCACAGUCUGCUGGGGAGGACACAGCCAGAGCCUCUCUCUUCUCCAGGACGACGAGCCCAUCUGCCACAGACAGGGUCCUGCCAAGAAGUACAGGUGUAGGACGCAGGCACCAGCGUGGAGAAAGGUAUCUGGUAGGACACCACGGCACCCAUUCCAGCCCAUCCCCCAGGCCGCUCAGGUGCUCCCUACAGCAAUGCAGCCACACCUUCAUCAGCGUUCCAUGGUUUCAUAUCCUCCUGGAAAAACUUAUACGAGGAUAGUUAAUAAAAACCUCUGACUGUACCCACCUUGUUGCAGUUAUCCCUGGGGAUGGACCCAGAAUUCUUCUCUUUCCUCUGCCACUUACAUGAGUGCCCCCUGAUAUGGUUGGGAUAUUUGUCCCCUCCAAAUCUCAGGUUGAAAUAUGAUCUCCGGCAUUGGAGGUGGGCCUCGUAGGAGGUGUUUGGGUCUUGGGGCCAGAUCCUUCACGAAUGGCUUGGUGGCCUCCUACGGUAAUGAGUGGGUUCUCGUGCUGGUAGCUCAUGGAGGGCUGGUUGUUUAAAAGGGCCUGGCACUUCCCACCCUUUUGUUUGCUCUCACCAUGUGAUGUGCCUGCUCCUGCUUUGCCUUCCACCAUGAGUAAAUGCUCCCCGAGGCCCCCACAGAAGCCUCGAUGAUGACACACAGGCUCCCAUGUUGGCCAGCUGGUCUGCCACUCUGUGAGGCCUCAGUGGUGCUGGCAGAGGCCCUGAGGGUGAGAAAGAAAAACUCAUACCUGGAAUUUAUGUCAAUCCCUGACAGGAUGAAAUGUGUUGUACCUUCUCCCAGUGGAAAAGAACUGAUGCCAUCAACUUCCAUCCAAUGGGUGGUUGGUCUUCUCUGUGUUUCCCAGGCUUAGCACUGUGCCAGGGGCUCAGUGCCAGUCCCACAGGCAGGGCAGACAGGCAGCAGAAGGAGCUGGAGCCACUUUGGUGAGAGGGAACCCCUGCUUCUCCCCCGGGCAAAGCCCCCAUUUUCUGUCAUGGAUAUUCUGUUUGCAAGCCUAUUGCUCAGGAACUGGAGUGGCCAAGGACAGGCCCCCGUUGGCUGAGCCAUCAUGUUAACUUGGUAGAUUGUACCUCUGUUGGCACACAUUGCACCCUCUCCCAUAGGUCCAUUCUUUUCUCUAGGCUUUCUUUUCCAGAUGUUUCAAUCCUGCUCUUCCAAACCCUGGCCAUGCAGCUAGGCUACUGGCCACACACAGCCUUCCUCAAGAGCCUCAGGGAGCUGCUCUGUGACUCUCCAGGUGGGACUUGCCUGAGGCUCCUGGUGGCUUCACUGUCCACCGUGACAUCUUCCAGGUCAUAGGGCCCAAACUGCAAGGUUACUUUUACUGCAGCCUAGAGCUGCUGCAGACUCCUUUCUAGCACUGGGCCCACUUAAAGCUACUAGCCUCUGGCAGCAUUUGACAAGUAGGUCCUAGAAGCCUGCCCAAGUGUGACCUGUGCUGCCUUCAAAGCCCAAAUCGAUUCACCAAGCAUUGUGUUCCUUUCUCAGGGGAAGGGGAGCAGACAGCACAGUCACUGCAUCGGUUACUCCAGAGGGAAUAUCCCAACAAGCACUGGAGCCCUGGGGUGCAACUGCACUGACGUGGCCACCCCUGGCUCUAUGUGGGGUUUAUCUCCUCACCUUCUAGGGCGCCUUUUCCAGUGCAUCCAGAGUACUUCCUGCUUCUUACUAGCAAGUCUGAUGAACACAGAGUUAUCAAGAUUGUGGGCCAAUGUGAUACUCUGCAGAACGUGCAAAUACUCCACAUGUUCUAGACUCCCUCAUGACAGAACAGAACCAACUCAGCCUGGGGAAGGCCUGUGUCUGUGCACUGAGAUCUGUCCCUUGUGCAGUAUGCUGCCUCUGACAACCUUCCCUCAUGUUAGAGAAAAGGAUGUGUUUGCUGAGGCAGUGGCUUCAAGCCACGAAUGCAAGACCGUGUUCAUCUGACCCAGUGAAGGCAUCCCACCCAGCAGGACAGCUAGCACUGGGCUCCCGCUUGGUUAAAUUGGCAGUGGCUGGAUCCAGUCCAGACAGGGGCAAGCUUAGGACGUUGAAUGGGGAUUGGUUAGGGUCUCCGAGCCUGCAUCCCUCAAAGCUUUGAAGGGGGAGCUAAUCCCUGGUGUUCCCCUGAGAUGUGAUGCUGUUGUCGAAUCACUGACUUAGCAGGAGAUCCACCGGGCCAGGGGCGCCCACUUGGCCUUUCCUACGAUAGCUCUUAUCCCGCAGCCCUGGGAACCUCAGCUAGAGUCCGGCUAGCUACUCAGGAAGUCAUGCCACGGCUGCUUUCCAGAACUGAAGGAAAGUCCAGUAUCGGUCCAGGCACCCAGAGAACACGGGCCAGGACGCUGCCUCAGGGCACUGCAGGGGUUCCCUGCCCCACAAACCCUGCUCAUGGCGGGGGAGGGAAGCACAUGGGAGCCGCGUGUUCUCUCUCUCCAUGGGAUGCAUGUUCUCUCUCUCCGUCGGCCGUGUAUUCUCUCUCUGUGGGCUGCAUGUUCUCUCUCCAUGGGAUGCGUGUUCUCCCUCUCCGUGAGACAUGUGUUCUCCCUCUCCAUGGGAUGCAUGUUCUC